UUAACCUCCUGAACAAUAAUAAAUAUUUAAAAACAGAGUUGGAGAUAAAUAUGAUCCAAGUAAAUACAUAAAAUAAGCAAAAGCAUAACAAUUGGAUUUUUCUUGUUGAAAUAUUGUACGGAGCAAAAGAUGGAGGAAUCAUUAACGGAAUCAUCCGAUAAAAUAAAUUCAGAAAAUUAUGAUAGUGACGAAUUUUUCGAAGACGAUUAUGAAAUAGAUGAUGAUUAUGAACAAUCUACCAGUUCCCAGGAUAAGAAAGAAGAGAAGAAAGAAUGUGUUGGACGCAAUUCUUCCAAAUUAACCCCUCAAUUGAAAGGUUUAAUGGGGGAAGCCAAUUUGAGGUUUGCUAAAGGUGAAAUCGAAACUGCAGAACAAAUGUGCCUUGAGGUCAUUCGACAACAACCCAAAGCUUGGGAGCCAUAUUUAACUCUUUCACAAAUUUAUGAAAGCAAAGAUUCUUCCAAAUGUAAGGGGUACUUGACAAUCGCAACUUACUUGAAUCCAAGCAACACUUCGACAUGGUGCAGACUAGCAGAAAUGGCUUUAGAAGAGGGGAAUAAAAGGGAAGCUAUAGGUUUUUACAGCAAGAGUUUGGUUUAUGAUAAGAAGAAUUUGGAGGUGCAUUAUAAAAGACUUGAACUGGCAAAAGAACUGGGGUCACAGAGGUUAAUAAUUAGGUUUCAAGAAUUCUUAUUAGCCCAUAUUCCUGAAGAUAGACAUGAAGAGAUAAUAGAAAGAGCGUCCAAUAUAACGAAAAUUUAUCACAAUCAAAAGAAAUACCUGAAAGCGUUAAAUGUUCUUCGAAUACCUUUCAAAAGGGUACCGCAAUAUGUUACAUUACAUCAUUUGAACAUGAUGUUGGAGCUGCUGCUUCUCACAGAUAAAUAUGCUGAAUGUUUAGAUAUUUUUGUUGAUUUCUGUAAUUUCAACUUUGAAAUCGUUGUAGAACAAGAUGAAUCGAUCACUAUAAAUGAUUAUACGAUGCCGAAUGAUAUAUCAAUUGAUUUGAAAACGAAAUUUGUAGUUUGUGCUAUAAAAUUGAAUUGUUUUGACGUUGCAAAUAAAAUUAUCGAUAAAAUUGUGGAGGAAGAAGAUGUUGAAAUAGUUGGAGAUUUGUAUUUGGACAUUUGCGAAGCUCUCAUAGCUAAAAAUAAGUAUGACGUGGCCCUCAAACUUUUCAUUCCUUUGAAAAAAAGCAAAAACUAUUCUUUAGCUGCAGUGUGGUUGAAAUAUUCCGAGUGUUUAGCGGCUUGCGGAAUGAAAGAGCAAGCCAUAGAAGGAUAUUACAAUGUUAUAACACUUGCUCCUCAGCACAUCGAAGUACUCCAUCCAUUGGCCGAAUUGCUUCUUGAAAUGAAAAAGGAGGAAGAAGCGCUCCAGGUUAUGUCUUAUCAGGCCACAGAUAGACUGAAUGUUGGAGUAUUGAUAUCCCGUAUGAAACUCUUGAAGCAAAUCGGACAUUUGGAGGAAUUCUGGAAUUGUCUGGAGUUACUUCUGUCCCGACAUUGCAUUGUAUUCAGACAUAUAUCAGAGAUUAAGCAUGUUUUGACGCCAGGAAAAACUAUAGAUAAGGUUCAAAGGGUGCAAAAGAUAAGGGAAUUCAUAAGUGAUACAGCUAAAGUGAUACCGAAUGCGGAUACCAAUUGUGUGAUGGAGCCUGAAGUAGAAGAGGAGAUUUCUUUAUUGAAGGAAUCCAUUCAAUUCGCAAUGGACAAUAGGGAUUACGCAAAUAUGGAAAAAUUUGUCAUGAUGGCACUAUCUUCCAAGAAAUUUGAGAAAUAUUAUGAGGAUCUUGCCCAUAUGGGUAUACUAGCUUGUCUUUACAAUGGGGAUCAUUAUCAUGGCUAUUAUUUAGCCCGGGACUUUGUGAUCAAGUACCCCAAUAACAACUAUUUCUGGAACCUGUUCAAUUUAUUCACAGCUCAAAGUGAUUCAAGAAUGCACAAAUUCAUUUACCGAUUUCAACAAAAACCACUGGCAAAUGAGGCUUGCGAUAUAUUAGAAGCAAAUGCCGAUUUUUUCUUUGGGAAUUACCAUUCGGCCUUGAAGUAUUUUAUGAGGGAGUUCCGAUUGACCAAAUCACCCUAUAUUAGCUUCAUUUUGGGAAUUAUAUUACUGCAUUUAGGGACUAUCAAGAAGAACACUCCGCAAGAAGUUAAAAUGCAACUGACAGAGACAACAACAUACCUUUUUUUAUUUUAUAAAGCCUAUCGGAGUAAAAUGGCGGAGCAAGAGAUAUUCUUCAAUUUGGGAAGAAUGUACAGUCAAUUGGGGAUCACAUAUUUGGCUGUGGAAUAUUUCAAGAAAGUAUUAGAAGUUGAAAAUGAAUUGUUGGAACAAAAUCCUGAUAUUUUAUGUUUGAGAUACGAAGCGGCCUAUAAUCUUCAUUUAAUUUACCAGAAAACCAACAAAAAUCAAGCAAGAAAUAUUUUGAUCAAGUACUUGACUAUCUGAAAUUGAAUAUUGUUCAUAAUGUAAAUAUGUAUAUUAUUUUUCUACGAUUAAAAUUUUUAACCUGA